CGUUUGUUCAAGAUAGAAAAUCACAUGGUGAGAUCGAGGAGAUUAAGGAAAAUGAUAGUGAAGAAAGUCGAUGUUUAGCUGAAUUAGAUCACAAUAGAUCUAUUUAUAUUGCCCACGAAUCAAAUUGAUUCUGGAUUUUGGACUGACGAUAAGAAAGUAGUUAUUCGCCGGGAGGUUGAACAAGCUCUGAGAAUAUUGGAUGAUGUAAUAUCUGUUUUCCAGGGAUGCAGAUCAAAUGAUGAAACCAGGAUAUUGCCCGGCAUCCCUAAAGAAGAAUCACAAAAUUUGGAAAUUAAUGAGGCCGAAGAGGCGGUCCCCUCAGAGGCUGAUCAUAUCUGCAAAAAUGUGGAGACACAUGGUCAGCCAACAGAAAAGAAAGAUCCAGAAGUGAUGAUUGCUGCAGAUGAACCCAGGAACAGCUCCAGUAGCCGGGGUAUCAGACAUACGCACUCCAGGGAUGCCAACCAUAAUAAAAUAGCUCCAGCAUCGCCUGUUGAGAAUGUUUCUGGUCCUCGUGAGAUUGACCAUGCUGCUUCGCUCUCAUCUCAAAAUCAGAGAACGGAAUUAACGCUUGCGGAGAAGACAAUGAAUGAAGAGAAUAUACUUAUUAGUCCUGAUGCCAAUGAUGCUGGCGGAGAUGAGGCAAGGAGUAGUAAAAACAGGAAAGUUCGGCUCUGCUGCUUCAGCUCUCUUUCUCGGCAGUCAUCAUCUUGAAAAUGAGGAGUAGAGUUGACAAAUAGUAGUGUCAAUCUGAGUACCAUUUAUCAUUAAAUUUACCAAGUAGGUAAUAAUUUUUGUAACUACCAGAUGAUAUUGAUAACGUAGUACCAGCAAUUAUGAGUUGGUUGAUAGGA